UGCUGUUUUUGUUCUGUGGAAGAUCAUGACGCCCUUCCCUUCCUUUCCCCUCCAUUCCCUUGCCCUAAUAAUUUAUCUCCAACGAAAUAAAAUAAAUCCCCUCCCUUUUCCUUCGUUGUAGCAAAGAUUCUCUCUGAACUUCACCUUUUUUCCACAUAAUCUAUCCCCCACACCAGUACCAUCCUCUGUUGUACAGUCAGUUGCUCCACCGACCUCCCUUUUGACCUCCUCCCUUUCCCACUUCCAUUCUAGGGUUCCUUUUUCUCACUUUGUUCUUUUUUCAGUUCAUCCUCGCCUCUCUUGUCUCCAUCGCUCUCCUGUCUGUUUCUCGCUUUCCAUUCAGAAACUGCCAUCUCUGUUCUUCCAACUUCAUCUAGCUGUAAUUCAUUGAUUGUCACUCGCUUUCAUCGAAAUUUGGCAACUUUUAAAGGUUUAUCUAGGGUUUUUCUUCUGCUGUAUAACUUGAAUCAAUUCCGAUUUUUUAGUUCGUUUUUAUCUUGUGAAUAAUCUUCCGUUUUUUUCUUAAGUUCAUUCUCCGUGUUGCCAAAGGUUCGUGUUGUUAUUCAUGGCUUAUCAGCCAUCGAUUCCUGGUCCGAGUUCGGGUUCGAGUUCCAGUUCUGGGUAUCAAUUCCUGAAUUCCUCUUUUGGAGAUACGACUUACACCAAGGUCUUUGUUGGAGGGCUCGCUUGGGGGACUCGGAGUGAGACCUUGCGCCGCUAUUUCGAGCAGUUCGGUGAGAUCUUAGAGGCUGUGGUGAUCACCGAUAAGAACACGGGCCGAUCCAAAGGCUAUGGUUUUGUGACUUUCCGGGACCCUGAGUCUGCGAGAAAAGCCUGCACUGAUCCAACUCCAAUUAUUGAUGGUAGACAGGCAAAUUGUAAUUUGGCUUCACUUGGACGACCUCGGCCUUCUCUGCCUUUUGGGCGUCUUAGAUCACCAGCCCCUUUCAUUGGAAGUGUACCAGCCGGUCGGGGGGCCUACAUUGGGAGUUCUGGCUAUCAGCAACCAGUUCCAUAUAACAUCCAACAAGGAUUUGUUUAUCCUCCAUAUGGGUAUGCAACAUAUGGUCCUGAAUACGUCUACCCGCAGGGUGUUUACAACCCCUACAUGGGUCAGCAGUACUAUCAUAUAUAUGGAACACCUGGAACAAUUAGCACAGCUACGUAUCCCUAUAGCCAAUUGGGUCAAACUAUUCCUGUUGGUCAUGGUUAUACAACAGUGCAGGGCUAUGCAAUGCCAGGUCAUCAGAUUGUCCAAUUCGGUGGACCCAGUGUCAAUACAAUAACAGCUUCACAUAUUCCCACAAUUCAAGCACCAUGUGCUACAGGUGUGGCAACAUCUGUUCCUGCACAAUCCCAUUUUAUUGUUCCUGCUCAUUCUCCUCAAUCCGUGCAAGGUAGCAAUUCUGACCAGUCAGCUGCGUGAGGGAUUGAUCAAGGUAUCCUUAGAUUGCAGCAGGACUACGAGCAGCGGUACUGCUACUUGAGUGGCAGGCUCCCAAUCUAGCCUUGCCCAUUAUUCAUUUUGCAUUCUAGAGGUCAUACAAAGUCAUGCUCACCAGAGAAAUCAUGUCUUGAGUUGUUGCUCCAGAUGGUGGAGAAAGGAACAUGGAAGAUGCGAACUGCACUGCAUUCACCAUUGUGUUUCUGAACUCUCUUAUACCACCAGUGCUCUAAACGACUGGUAGAGGGUCGUGGAUUAAUUGAUGCUGGAAUCGGUUUCUGGCUAUCAUGUUGGAAUAAAACCACUGUGAAAAAACCAUGUUGGAAUCAAAAUAUGAUUGCAAACUGCACUGCAUUCACCAUUGUGUCCCUGAACUCUCAUAUACCACCAGUGCUCUAAACGACUGGUAAGAGGGUUGUGGAUUAAUUGAUGCUGGAAUCGGUUUCUGGCUAUCAUGUUGGAAUAAAACCACUGUGAAAAACCAUGUUAGAAUCAAAAUAUGAUUUAAGAACCACACUGCAUUCACCAUUUGUGUUUGUGAACUCUCACAUACCACCAGUGCUCCUAAUGACUGGUAGAGAGUCGUGGAUUAAUUGAUGCUGGAAUCGGUUUCUGGCUAUCAUGUAGGAAUAAAACCUCAGCGAAAAAUCAUGUUAGAAUCAAAAUAUGAUUCUCUUACUGUCUAGUCCCCGCAGCGUGUGUAGAUAUUCUCUGGUGUCUUUGUUGGUGGGUCUUGCAUUGCAUUUUUUAUAUGUUCCUUGUUUUGUGCAUAACAAUUGUUGGUGUCUCAUCGGAAACUCAUUGUGUAAUUUCUAUUAUAUCCGGACUUCAAAGCAUGGGAAAGUCCCCAAAUUUAUAAGUUUCUCGUUUUUUUUUUUUUUUUUACCCUUUCUCUUUAAAUAUUAUUUGAUGUGUUCGAUUAGAAGGCCAGGAGGAGAUGGGCAAGUUGAGAAAGUUACCAUGUUGUCAACUAUUCCUGUGUAGUUAAAUAUUAAAUUCACUCAUUAACCAUAGCCACAACCAUACGCCCGAAACAAAGCAUGUAUAUAACAAGAAGUUGGCACCAUUUGCCCAGGUCACUGCGGCAUUUGCUUAUCGUCGAUAUUAGUAAUAUUGUUCGCAUGAUUUCAUAAGUUUUAAUAUCCUGAAUGCAUCAGCAUAUGGAGAAGUAGAAGCUUCUUAGUAAGAACAAUUUGCCGUUCAAUGUGUUCCAUUUCACGCCGAGGUGAAUCUGAAGUAAAAGCAUAUAAAAUCUAUAUUCCAUUGCUAUGAAUCCUUAUGUGGGCAACUUGGUCAAUUACAAGAAAUCUGGUGCUUGCUUUAGUUGUAAAACCCGACCAUGCAAAAGAUAAAAAAUGAGAAGAAUCUUUCAGACGUUUUUCCGUUCCCGCCUCAUCAUAUCAGCCGCUUUACAGAGCGACUCAAUAUCAAACUUUGCUUCGGUCAAAUGUUGAUAUUGAGAUGGCGCCAAUUUGUGGAAAUUCAAACAAAAACUCCGCCAAAAGUCUUUUGACCAUAAGACAAACUCGAUCCCUUGUACCACUACAACAGUCUGAUCAUAGAAAUAUAUUCAAAAUGUUAUUAUUGUAUUAAAUAAUGGUAGACCCAUCAUUUACUCUGGUGUAGAAUAAUUAAUUCAUCGUUAUACAAUGUGCUACAUAAAACAUUCUUCACACGGACUUAUCGCUCAAAUCAACAUAUUAUAGCUAACAGGGUGUAUCCUAGGUGCUGCUUACAAGGCUUGGUAUUCCAAGCCACAAGUUAUUAAACCAAUUAUUGAAUUAACCAGCAGGGUGCAAGGACCUG